AUGCCCCUGCGGGACUUCCUCAAGGCCUCGCACUUCGCGCUGGGGCCGGACCCGCGGCUGCACGAGGGCACCAUGCUCUCCUCGUCGCGCCGGGACUUCCGGGACUACCCGGGCGCCACCCGCGUCCUGCCCUGCCUGCCGCCGCCGCCCCGCUCGCCCCUUUUGCCGCAGGACGCUCUCGGGACUUGCGAGGAGCAGGUGUCGGAGGCGCGCCGCGCGUUCCCGCCGCUGCCUCGGCCCGCGCCACCCGGCGAGCUGGCGCGGGAGCACGCGCGGGCCAUGGGGGCCACCAGCCUGCGCAUGCACGCGGACGCGCGCGCCGGCGUGAGCCUCUCCAACGCGCGCGCUGCCUUCGUCUGGCCCGAGCGGCCGCCGCGCGUCAGGGAGCAGACCCGCGGCGCGCGCCUCAUCUUCGACCGCGACUCGGUGCCGCCCGGCGACCGCGCCAAGCUGCGCCUCCCGCCUACCACGCACCAGGAGCUCUUCCCACCCCACGCCACGGGCCCGCAGCCGCGCGCGCCCUGCCGCCACCUUGGGGGCCCCAACACCCUCAAGUGGGACCAGAACACACAGGGAAACGAGACCUCCUACCGGAGACAGUUCCAGGCCCUCCUGGGCCCACCCGCUUUGAUGUGUAAAAGGGCUUCCUCCAGUGUGGAACUGGGAGAUUGCAAGAUUGGCUAUGGGUCCAUUUCUUCAGUGCAGGGACAGGCCUACAGGCCCCAGGGUCUGCCCUCAGACAGGUAUGACAAGGCCCAGGCGGCCGCCCAUAUCCACAAAGUGAACAUUCGGCCUGGAGAUGGCCUCUUCCGUGACAGGACCACCCACGCCGAGCACUUCUACCCACAGGAGCCUGAGCCUUUUGUUCUUCACCACGACCAGACCCCGAUGUCCCACAUCCUGGAAGGAAACCAGCGCCCAGGCCCUGGCAGCCUCACCACCACCACGCAGUUCUUCCUAGGCCAGCCGCAGCCCUCGACCCAGCCACCCAGCCGCCACCCGCCUCACGAAAAGUUGCAGAGUCAUGUGACCCUGGGGGAGGCGUCGCUGCUCGACAACUUCUUUCAGACCUCGAUGGGCUCGGACUACCUCGCCCCGGAUACGCAGAGGCCCCCUAAAGCGCUGAACCUCCACCUGCUGCAGAGCAACUUGCCGGAGGGAACUGGAGAGCCAGACUUUUUAACCACCAACCAGAAGAUGCUGAGGCCGCAGCCAACAGCUCGGGCUGUCGUGACUGAGGAGAUGCUGCAGCGGUGCAAGUACAGCCAUGUAGAGCCCCCACUGGGUGGACAGCGCUUCUUCUCAACUCACUAUCAGGACGAGUUUCCCUGCAAGUACCAGGGCCCGGCAGUGCUGAGACGGGGCAACUUCCAGGACAGCCACGUUCCGCUGGGCUUGCCUUGUCAGCCAGGCUGCAGGGGGAGUGUCCACCCUCAGGCCCCCCAGACUCCUAUCUACCCAUGCCCCAGCCAGCAAUAAACAGGGAUGCUGGCAACAUCCUUGGUUCCUCCCCUCCCCUCCCCUCCCCAUCACAGGGCAGGGAUUAAGGAAGGCAUUGUCCUGGCAGGGAGUGAGAAAACCUUGGGGGCCCAAAAAUAUUGGUUCAGACCCCGGAGUCACCCCACUCUGUCCAGGAAAACCACUGUAGCUUGUGCAAAGGCUUGAGAAGUAUGGAACAGACAGUCUGAGGGACUGAGAUCCCAGGCUUCUGGGGCUGAAUGGACAGGGUUCAAAUUCUGACUCCUCCACAUCCUCAAGAGUAAACUUGGGCAUGUCAAUUGACCACUCUGAGUCUCAGUUUCCUCACCUAUAAAAUGGACAACCUCUUCCGUUAGGUUGUUAUAAAUGAAAAAGGCAGUCACUUGUCAGAACUGUGUGGUGUGCAACCAGGGAGGGGAAGCUUCCCUUCUUGGGAUGCAGGUGAGAAGGGAGGAAGAAGACAAGGGUGUGGGGAAAGGUUUUCAAUCGCUGAGAGAUGGGAGGGGCUGGGAGGCGGACACAGCUGAGAAUGGCCUACCAUGGAUGGUGCACUGGCUGGCU